UCAAUAUAGAAGCAAAGAUCGAACUAUUGACAAGGGCGGGUCGGGCUCGUCGGCUCUCGGGCCCUGAGGAAGAUCAUGAACGAAGCCCUCGCAACGACCUGUGAAGCCGCAGAUUAGAUCUAUCUCCAUGGCUUCCUUCUCUCGGAGGGAAGACCAUGACCAAUCCCUAAAACCCUAAACCCCUAAAAUACCUUCACAGAGAGAGAGAGAGAGAGAAAGAGGAUCAACCAAGCAAAGACAUGCUCGGUAAUGGCCGAAACUCCGAUCUCAUCCCAACUCAUAAACGCGAUUCGAGAUGAAUGGCAGCAACCGUCCUCGCUCGACACCUCCUCCGUCUGAGUCCCCGCAUUCUCCCGCAAAAAUUCCUGCUACCCAGGUUUUCUUCUCUAUCCAAUCGUAUUUCUCUCUACCACCCAUCUCUCCUCCUGCUUCAAUCUUGCCGAACCGUAAAAGAGUUGAAGCAAAUACACGCCCACUUUAUCGUCUCCGGCCUCUGCGAUCACCCUUUCUCAUUGAGCCGAUUGAUCAAGUGCUCCGCGUCGCCGGAUUCUGGCUGUAUCGAUUAUGCGCUUUUGAUUUUCCGGUAUUCCAACUCGCCAGACACGUUCACCUACAACACAUUGAUCAAAGCUCUCUCCUUGAGCUCGGACCCACGCAGGUGUGUCGCCUUCUACUACCAGAUGCUGGCUGCAGGUGCGAUUCCCAAUAGUUAUACGUUCCCGCCGUUGGCAAAUGCUUGCGGCCGCGCAGGCGCUGUUGGAGAUGGGGAGAAGAUCCAUGGUCAGGCGGUCAAGAAUGGGGUUGAUGCGAUCCUGUUUGUUCAGAACUCUCUUAUGCAUAUGUACUCCUGUUUAGGUCUGUUGGAUUGCACUCGCCAACUGUUCGACGAAAUGUCUGAAAGAGAUUGCGUUUCUUGGAACACUAUGAUUGAUGCCUACCUUAAGACCAGAAAUGUCGAGCCUGCCAGGAACUUGUUCGAUAUAAUGCCUGAGAGAAAUGUGGUGACUUGGAACACUAUGAUUGGCGGGUACCUGCGAGUUGGUAAUCCUGGCUAUGCAUUAAAAUUGUUCAGGAAGAUGCAAUUGACAGACGUGAAGGCCACAGACAGAACAAUUGUAAAUGCACUCACCGGCUGUGGGAGGUCUGCUAGGUUACUAGAAGGACGGUCCGUGCAUGGGUACUUGGUGAAGAAUGACAUCGACUUCAGUUUGAUAAUAGGUACAGCUUUAAUGGAUAUGUAUGGAAGAUGUGGUCGUCUGGAUUUAGCACAUAAAUUAUUUAGCACAAUGCCUAAGAAAAAUGUAGUCUCUUGGAACGUGAUGAUAAUGGCUCAUGCUACACAUGGACAUGGCAUGGACGCAAUCACGCUGUUUGAGGAGAUGCGGUCGAGUGGUGGAGCAGUCCUACCUGAUGAAGUCACGUUUAUUGGUGUCCUGUGCGCCUGUGCACACUUAGGGGCGGCUGACCACGGACAAAGAUACUUUGAUAUGAUGAGUCGGGAUUAUGGUGUUACCCCUUCAUUUGCUCAUUACUGGUGUUUGGCAAAUCUUUAUGGAGGAAUUGGUCUUGUUCAGGAGGCUGAGGAAAUUAUCAAAAGCAUGCCAAUGGAAUCUGAGUCAUUCUUAUGGGGUGGAUUAUUAAGCUUUUGUAGGUUUCAUGGAGAUGUAGAUCUAGGGGAGAAGAUUGCCAAAAAAUUGAUAGAGUUAGAGCCUUAUAAUUCAGCACGAUACACAUUAUUGCUGAAUGUCUAUGCAGUAGCAGGUAGAUGGGAGGAUGUUGUGAAAUUGAAGGAGACAAUGAAGGAACGGGGUUUGAAGAGUUUGACCAGUUGUAGUUUGAUUGAUUUAAAUAACACUGUGCAUGAUUUUGUUGCGGGUGACAAAUCAAGACCGGAGAUGCAGGAGAUAUAUUUGAUGAUGGAUGAAGUUGCUAAGCGGUUGAACUCACCGCCAUGUGAUGGUCAGGCUAAAGUGGAAAUUUGAGCACACGAACUCCUCUAAUGGUCAUCAUUUUAUCGCCGGCCACAAAUCGAGGCCAGAGACGCAGGAGAUCUAAUUGAGAAUGGAUGAAGCUGCCAACCGAUUGAAUUCAAUGCCCUCUGAUGGUUCAGCUUGAUGGAAUUUUGAGUAAAAGGGGCUGAUUAGCAGAAAUCAAGUCGAGAAGUUUGUUGCUUCCUUGAUUUCCUGUAUACAUCUUGGGUGCUUGGAAAUCACCUUGUUAAAUGUACAAUUUAUUUAUAGGAAGAUAUCCACCGAUUUUGGGAAACUUGACUAGUCGGUGAUAUCUUUUUCUUUUUCCAGAUGAAUAAAUUGCCGAUGAAUUUUUUCUCAGAACAAGAGAUACAUUGUUGUUUACUAGUAAAGAAACAUUUGUUUGGGCAACUAGAAAUGGCUGCUAUGUUUGCCUCUGACUUGUUACUGAAUGCUUGA